GUUGAAGAUGACGACGGUGGGUUGUUGGGCUUCUUCUCGUAAUGCCCCUGCAGUUGACAAAAUUAAAGACAAAUCUACCGUUGAACCCUCUCUUUUGGAUUGUCGACUUGACCGAGAGAAGAGAAUGUCGGAUUCCGAAUCGUCCUGACGGAGAAGGAUGGCGGCAGUGGCGAUAUGAGGCUGAGUUCGGGAGAAGAUUCACCGUUUCACGUCAUGGAUUUGUUCCACCACCCACAACAAAAUCGAGCUUGGCCUCUGAAUUAAUCGGAUCAUUAAAGGCUCCUGGACUUCCUGCCGCCGCAAAAAAGAAGAGGAAGAAGAAGAUGAAGGGUUGGGUUGGUCGGGUUGGGUCACCGGUUGUGUUAAGUUGGGUUGGGUUUAAUGACGUGGUGGGUCGAGUAUCAAACUUUUUAGUUUAAAAUUGGUUGAUUAGACACUUUCGUUAGCCACAUCAGCAUAAAAUUGACGGUGCUAACGGAGGUUAACGGAGACUAACGUAUAGUGACAAAACUUGGACGGUUUUACUAAUUUUAGUGACUACGAAUGAAUUUAGAUAUUUCGAGUGACCAAACAUGAACGUUUUCUGUAAUCUCAGUGACCAAUCAUAGCGAUUCAAGAUUAUUAUGGUGGAUUUAUG